AUGGUGUUAUGUCAUUCACUACAGACCAUAGGAAAUUACUAUAUCUCUCGUUUUGUAAGAUCAUAUAUUGGCUAUGCUAGCGAGGUAUGGGCUCCCAGUACGAUUGGUAGUAUAACAAAAAUAGAGAGUCUUCAACGCAGAGCAACAAAUUCAUCUUAAACACGCACUGGCAAGAGGAUAUUUCUUACCAUGAGCGCCUUUCUCGCCUCAAUCUGCUACCGUUAACAUACUGGCAUGAAGUGAAAGACUUAAUUUUCUAUUUCAAGUGUCGCGCUGGCCACUACACCUUACCCAUAGCUGAUUAUGUCAAGCCUAAAGGCACUCGUCUCACUCGCCAUAGCUCUGAUCAAGACGUACUAGUUCCCAAGUGCCGUACAACGCUCUUUCAGUUCAGUUACUUUAAUCGUAUUGCUAAACUCUGGAAUACGUUACCUGUAUCUACUCGUACUCUUAGUUCUCUUAAUCAGUUUAAAUCUCUCGUACUCCAACAUUAA